AAGCAAUUAAAAUUAUGUCCCACAGUCUAAAAUUAUACUGAGGGAAAUAUCGCUAGGACUGCCGUCCAAAGUCACCCAAACAUGUGUGGAAUUAGGAUACCAGUAUCUAUUUUAUGAUGUUUUGGCCACCAUUUGCAAUUUGUAUGUAGUUACAUGGUCUUAGCAAUUUUCAAUUUCAAUCAAUUUCCUUAGUUUCAUCUUCCCUAGGCCUACUCAAUAUCUUAGUAAUAGCAAUAGAAGUGCCUUGUAAGCCUAGGUCUUUUAACCAUAACCAUUCUCGAGAGGAUUAGAGAUGGCAGAUGCUGCAGUGACAUUCUUCUUGGAGAAAUUGGAUUCACUUAUAACCCAAGAAGCAAGGCUCCUCUCUGGCGUGCACAAGGACAUCGUUUGGCUUAGGGAUGAGCUAAGCACCAUGCGUGCAUUCUUGGAGGAUGCAGGUAGAAGGAAAACUAAAGAACCCCUCAUAAGAAUUUGGGUGGAGCAAGUAAGAGAUGUCGUCUAUGAUGUUGAGGAUAUCCUUGAUGAAUUUGUCAUCAAGAUGGAGCCGCAACACCGAUUUUCGCUGAAGAAGCUCAUAAUUCUCCAUCGAGUUGGAACCGAGAUACAAGGCAUUAAGGCACGUAUUCGUGCCAUUACAGAUAGGAGAAGGACUUUUGACAUUCAAAGGAAAGAAGAUGAUAAAACUCUGGAUACUUCAGGUUUAGAAAAUCAAGAUCCAGUUGCAGCUUAUCCUUACUUUGAGGAAGCCUGUAUUGUAGGUAUCGAAAGUGAUGUGGAGAUUUUGGUGGGAUGGCUGCUAAAUGGAAGUUCAAAACUUGAGGCAGUUUCGGUUGUAGGGAUGGGUGGGAUAGGGAAGACUACUCUUGCUAAGAAAGUUUAUAACAUGGAAGAGAUUAAGAUGCACUUCGAUUGCCGUUCAUGGGUGAGUGUAUCACAGUCCUUUACAUUAGAAGCACUUCUAACAGCUAUAAUAAAUGGCUUUUAUGAAGAUGAAAAAGAAGCAAUUCCUAUCACCGUUGAGGCAAUGGACGAGAGGCAGCUUCAUCGAUACCUUAAUCUGUACUUGCAAGAGAAGAGGUAUCUUGUUGUGUUGGAUGAUGUAUGGAGUGAAGAUGUUUGGAAUGGUGUAAGAAUUUCUCUACCAAAUUGUGAACAUGGAAGUCGGAUUGUCUUCACAACUCGGUUGAGGGAUGUAGCUUCUUUGACACAAAUAGAGAGCCAUGUGCAUAACCUUCAACCCUUGGCAGAUGAGGAGGCUUGGACCCUAUUUUGUAACACGGCGAUUCGGCAAAACGAUCUAAAGAAUUUCACUCAAGAAUUGGAAGAGGUGGGAAAACUUAUUGUGAAUAACUGCGAGGGUCUACCACUGGCAAUCGUGGCUAUUGGGGGCAUGAUAUCCAAGAGAGCGAUGGCAGUGGCUGAGUGGAACAAAGUGCUAAAGAGUAUCAACUGGGAGUUGGCUAACAAUUCCUUGUUCAGAAGAGUGAGAGGGAUCUUAUCGAUGAUUUAUAAUGAUAUGCCACCUCUACUCAAAUAUUGUUUCUUAUAUUGCUGUUUGUUACCAGAUGGUUAUGAGAUCAAACAAAACACAUUAAUCAGGUUAUGGGUUGCAGAAGGAUUUGUAGUAACUCAUCACGGAUUAACCAGGGAGGAGGUAGCAAUGGCAUAUCUUAAGGAGUUAAUUGUUAGGAACUUGAUUCAAGUAGUGGGUACUCGCUUCAAUGGGCAGGUGUGCCGGGUCCAUGAUGUAGUGAGAAAACUUGCUCUCUCCAUUUCUGAGAAUGAGAAUUUUGGGGCAGUUAUAACUGGUGUGGAGACCAAAUUAGAUGAUAAGACUCGGCGCACCUCAAUCCAUGAGUUCCAUGAUAGCUUCAUGACUCAGAUACAAAAGUCGCGCCUUCGCACCCUACUCAUGUUUGGUAUGGAAAAAUUGCCCUAUCCUCUAUCCUCUUUUCUACCCAAAUUUAGAUUUUUAAGAGUCUUGGACAUGGGAGGUGUUCAUAUUCCUAAACUACCUAAUGAAAUUGGGAAAUUAAUUCCUCUAAGGUUUUUAGGAUUGAGGAAUACAGGGAUACAAGAGCUCCCUAAGUCACUGAAAAAGCUUCAUAGACUAGAGACGUUGGAUGUCAUGGGAAGCAAUUUGGAGUCAUUGCCCUCUUCAAUCUCGAGCCUGCAAAAUCUGAACCAUCUGCUUGUAAGUCGUAGGCAGUUUUCCACAAAGGAAUUCAUGACUGAAUUGUUUGAAUCUGACACAAACCUCCUUUAUGAUCAAUUUGUUCCAACUAAUGUUUGUAUCAGGGGCAAAACAAGCCUUCAUGCAUUAAAAUACAUCAGAGUUGACAGUGCUCUUGUUAAAGAGUUGGCAGAUUUGGUUCAGCUUGAGAGACUACAUGUCCAACUAGUGAGAAGGGAGGAUGGGAAGAAGUUAUGGGCCAGCAUUCAAAAAAUGCAGCGCCUUCAGACCUUGGUACUACUAUCUGUAGAUCAACACGAACCCAUGUUCAUUGAUUCAUUGCCUUCUUUGCCGCCGCAUCUAACCCAACUGCUCACUGAUGUGGUUUUGGAAAAGCUACCAAACUGGUUAUGCUGUCUUUCUAGCCUCACAGAGUUAUGCCUAAUUUCUUCAGCAUUAGUGGAAGAUCCACUUAGUGCUCUACAAUCACUUCCCAAUUUGGCAGUUCUAGUUCUUUCAAAAGCAUAUAAUGGGAAGACCAUGGGGGCUGAUGGAAUAGGAGGAUUUCCCAAGCUCAAGUUUCUCAUAUUUCAUAACUUGGAAGAAUUACAGUGGUGGGGAGGAAUGAAAGAGGGAAGCAUGCCAAAUCUCAAGUCCAUGUAUGUCAUUGGAUGCAAGAAGUUGAAGAUGUUGGAUGAAAGCUUUAAAUUUCUGACUUCAAUUCAAUAUUUCUUUCUCGGAAAUAUGCCAGAGGAGUUCGUAGCCAGGCUGAGAUCUGAUGGUGGGGAAGACAAUUACAAAAUUCAACACAUCCCUGUCAUUGAAAUAUUUUAUUUGAUUGAUGGGGAGUUGGUCUCAAAGUACCUAGAGUGAUUCUUGGGCAUUUGGAAAAACAUGCACAAAACCUGGAUGCAUAUUGGUUUCUCUAUAUCAGUGUGUUUGAGGACCUGGAGAACGUCAUUGCAUGGUGCAUCUCCCAAGAACAUAUACCUUGGUCUUGGACUUCUAUCAUGGAUGAGAUCACACAAGCCUUACAGAGUAGAGAAGUAAUAUUCAGGCAUGUAAACAGAGAGCGCAAUGGAGAUGCUGAUCGAUUAGCCAAAGAGGCAACGUUGUCCUAGCUUUAUGUACUCUUGCUCUCUUUCGUCCUGUCUCACCUAUUUCCUUUGUUCUUCCUUUUUUUUGUAUCAUUUUAAUGGAAAUUUUCCGUCUUUUCUCUCCUUUUACUUUCACAUUUUGUUUACCCUUGUACCUCUUAAUUAUCUCAGCGAAAUUUACUUGCCGU